CAUUACCUGAUGAGGAGGAUAAUAUAUCUUGAAGGCAAGUGGGAAUGGGUACCGUAGUAUCAUUGAAGACAAAUUAAUGCCGAUCAAUAAUUAUCGAAGUAUCCCGAACAUCCAAGAAUAAAUAGAACGCAAUCCAACUCCUCACGGAAAAGAUUGAUUUCAUCACCCAGUCCGUUUAAAAGAUCUUUUCAGCAAUUCAUUUCCUUUCUGAAGCUUCGAACAAGUAACGCACCUGGUACGCACCGUGCGAUACGUCUGAAUUGCAUACAGGUGCACCGUCUGGUUUUGCGAGACGAGUUGGUCUUGCCUUGACUUGUUCCGCGGGAUUCCAAUUGAAAAAACGGAAAAGAGCUGCGACUACAGCUACAUUUAAAGCAUGCCGGGACCAAAGAUGGGGCCGCGCCCCCAUGAUUUCGACGAGGAUCUCGUCCGCAGAAGCCCGACCUUUCGCAAAUGGGAAGCCUUGUCGGAAGGUUCCAAGCUACGAUACGCCUGUCGGGAAUUCGUCAAAGGUCACAACGAGGACGAGGAACGAUUGAUGCGACGGAUAAUGAUUGCCCGUAGAAACAAUGUCCGGGAUCACCAGGCACUCAAAUGGGCGAGGAUAAUGCAAUCAUCAUCGGAAACACCGACGAAUGCGGCAGCAGGAAAGUUGGCCGCGGCCAACAAUAAACAGGAACCUGCGUCAUCGAACCUGCAGAACGAUUCAGAAGCAACUGCCGUUGCCGAAACAAAAGCUGAAAAAAUAGACAAAAAGGAAGAAAUCAACGGGGACAACAACGUAACUGACAACAAUGCUAGCAGCAGUCGCGUCGAAACUGAAGCAAUAAUAUUACGAACAUCCCAUCUGCUGCAACACAAACUUGGUCCACCACCAGGACGUCGGACGAGGAGACCGACCACACUCAUGUCGGACGAAACGAUCAAGGAAGAGAUGGACGUUCCUGCAGUAGAAGCGACGAGGUCCUAUAAAACGUGGCUCUCGUUACCUGACGGAGCAGAAUUUCUCUACAACCAGAAGUACGUAAAGGGGCACGAAAGUCACGAUUGGUUGCUCAAAAAGAAUAUCUGGAGGAGGAUGCGAUAUAGACGAGAAAACAAGAAGAUGGUGGAAGAGAUGCUCUCACGGGAACGAGGGAAUCAACCAGUAUCAAUGGUCCAAUUGCAACAACAAGAGCAAUCACAGAGGAAAAGGAAACACGAAAUCGCUUUAUCAGGAAACAAUGGCAACGGAACUAGUGCUUCUGGGGUUGUAGAUGGCGCCAGAGCCGAUGCAUCUUUGACACGGUCAGUGGGAGAGGAUACAACAACGAAUGAAACGAAUCGGCAAGAAGUUGUGGCCUCUACCGCUUCCGAGAUCGUGGAUCACGCUUUGUUGUCGACCACUACAGGAGUUGUGAGUGCUUCUGCAACUACCGCUGCUCCCCAGGCCAUGGUACGAAACACAAACACAACAGCCUCCGAAAACAACAACGCACUACCGAUGGGGGCAAGUCGCCAGCAGCAGCAGCAACARCAACAACAACAACAACAACACCAAGGCACUUCCCCCCAUUCUCUUCACCACCACGAUCCGGCCGAAAGUGCCGCGGCCUUUGCCGCUUCGAUCGCUCUUGCGGGAAGCGUGGUCGGCGUCAACGGAAUCGGAAUCGGGGCCCACGGGGACCUGGCUUCCCACCAGGUCACCGAUUCGGCUGCCGUGGAAGCCGCGGUGGCCGCGGCUCUUGCCGCUACCGAUGCCAAGAGCAAUGCCUACCACCACCACCACCACGCCGGAGACCUGGUGGGUCCGAACCACAUCCUCCACGGCACGGGCGAUCCCAUGGAAGCGGGUGCUUCGGCAGCGAACGGAAGCAUGCCCGUGGGGGCGGGCCUGCCCCCGGCGGCCGUCGGAUCGCCCCGGGCGUCGGCGCCCGCGGCGGCCCCGGCCCGGGGGGACGUCGGGCUGGGACUGGCCCUGGAUGCCGCGGCAAAGCUGGCCGCCGCGGCGGCGGCCGGGGGCGACGUGGUCCUGGCGGCCACGACGGCGGUUUCCACCGGUGGACCGGUCGGAAGCACCGCGAAGCAGGGGGCCUGAACAGGAAUGCGGGGUUUGGUGGGGCGCACGGCGAAGCAAAGCACGGCACGGGCCGUACGGCAGAAGCGCCGAUCGAUUCGGUAUUGCGGGGCGGCGGUGUGGCAAGGAUGGAUUCUUGGAGCCCAGAGGGAUGGCGGAGCUGCAAGCCUUCUUGUUGGUCGGCGCACCGGGUUGCAACGUUUUGUUGCCUAUUUAUGGAUGGAUGGAUGGAUGGAUCACGCCAGGACACAUACCAUUUUUCGUUUGCUUUGCAAGGGUUCCAAACACGCGCCAAAAAAAAAACAAUCCUAGUACGGUACGGUAUAGGACCGAACGAGUUUGGUCUCGAAACGUGUUGGCACAGAAGGACGACGCCUCGACUCGGGGUGCGGCCGCAAUCGUUUCCCCGCCUUCUCGACCACCCGGUUUGGUUUGGUUUGCGUUCGAUCGAUGGCACUCGGGUCGGAAGGUGUCGUUCCGGACUCGGAGAUCGACCCCGAAGCGUCCUACUGCGGUGCCCUCGAGGCUGGGUCCGUCUGCCAUUCCGAAUCAAAACGCCACGACGUU